AUGAGACAUGUACAGCUCUGCGUAGACGAAGGCAAGCUCAGACUAGCUAAAGACGGAUUGCAUCAAUAUAGAAUCGUAUCGCAACACGCAAAUGCGCAGUCGCUGGCGAAGGUCGUCGCUGAGCUGCGUUCGAGAGCAGAGGCUCGGCUUGCUGCAGCAAGAGCCAAAGUCGGAGCAGAUGCUGAGCCUAGCGCGCCUGAGGAUCUCGAUGUAGAGGCAGAGACACCGGAGAAUUUGUUGCUCUCAACCUUGCAAGUAAGAAUAUAA